AUGGGCUCCAGCUCGACUCUCUCCAGCGCGCACUCCUCUGCUUCUAGCAUUGAGCUAGAUGCUGACGAUGCAAAAUUCAACGGCAAUGUUUGCCACAUUCAUUUCAGUGAUGGGGGAUCAACAACUAUCGCACUCAAAAGUGGAGUUCCAGCUCGUUCACUCCUCAAUAAUGUGGCAAGCCGCCGUGGCCUCAGUCCCGGAUGCAUCGACUGGCUGCUCCUGAACGAAGGUUCUAACACAGAUUCGCUCUCGCUGGACGCAGACUCAAUGUGUCUGUCUGGUAGACACAUUCGCGGCGAACUCCGUGUCACGUUCAGGCUUGACAUUGUUCACAUAAAACGGAGCAUCGGGAUUCGUUCAAAGAUCCACAAGCCCGUUUCCGAAGUGCUCCAGCCCAUCAUGGCCCGGUACAUUCCCGACCGUACUCUUAGUCAAGUGGUUGUGCGCCUGGCCGGCACAAAGCUCCCAGUGAAUAUGAUGGAUCCCGUCAGUACGCUAAAAGAGCAACGUGUCGUCCUCGAGCUCAAAGAAAACGAAUUCCGCAAGCCGGUGGAGCCGAAGCGACCCAAGUCUGACGUGCAGCAAAGUGCCCUUGAUCUGCUGAGGCGGCGGAGAGACAGCCUCGGCAUACGCAAGCGAUCAAGAUCGAGAGAGAGCGGAUUGAAUAGGAUUUCCGCGGUUAAUAUUGGAAUCGAAGAGUCGCAGGACUCGAACAAGGCCAAGGCCGAUUUUGAUAAUCGGCUUUCUUUGGGUGGACAGGGUCAACUUCAGAAUAUAUCCCAACGAUUGACGAUUUACGAGGCCGGCAUAAAUAAAUCGGAAGACCAGCGCGGCCUGCUCAAUAAAAACGACCUCAUUCUGCCAGACUUUCUGCGCCCGGCCGAAAAUGCUGACAAAGAAAAUAACAAGGACAACUUUGACCUGGACGCGCGGAUUCCCACUCACGAGGAGGCCGAUGAGCUUUUCGGUGGUUCAAUUGGCGACGGGCCAGAUGGCUCCCACGGGCUCGACGGGGCCUUUGGCGGCUCAUCCAUUUCAUUGGCCUUCACAGAGACGAGCUCUUGCAGCUCUUCGAUCUUGAGAGACUCGACCAACGAUCUUCCUAUUCCUGUAGAAAGAAAACGCCUUCAGAAGCUUUCAACAUCAGAGGAUUCGAACGGAAACGAGCAUCUUGCAAGUGGAAACUCGGCAGAGAUUGUUCGAAAACGAACAAGCCUAACCCAGGCGGAUCUGAUCGACCUUCCCUCGCCCCCUAAAGCGAAAAAAUCAAACGCUCCCCAGACUACCGUAGUCUAG